ACUCACUACAUCUUCAUUGUCAGACUGGAUGUUUUCCUCACAGUGAACAGAGCUGUUGUAACACUGGGAUGAAUGUGUGUGUUUUUCUGUCUUUCGUGCAGAUAGCAGUCAUUGCAUCAAGAAGCUUGGAGCGUGCCACAGAAUUUGCCAAGAAACAUGGUAUUCCUAAGGCUUACGGCAGCUAUGAGGAGCUGGCCAACGACCCUGACAUUGACAUUGUGUACCUGGGAGUGCUGCACACAGAGCAUUGGCGUGUCGGUCUGCUGUUCCUCAACGCUGGGAAAAAUGUACUGUGUGAGAAACCCUUUGCCAUGAACUCCAGACAGGUGCAAGACCUUGCUGCUGCAGCCAAGAGAAACAAUGUUUUCCUGAUGGAGGCCAUCUGGUCCCGCUGUUUUCCUGUGCAUGCUGAGGUGCGCCGGCUGCUGGCGGAGGAGGCGGUAGGGGAGGUGAAGCUGGUAAAGGCCUACUUUGGCUCCCCUCAGCUCCACAUUCCCCGCUCAGUGGAGAAGGAACUGGGAGGAGGCGCUCUGCUGGAUAUCGGAGUGUACUGUCUGCAAUUUGUGCUGAUGGUGUUCAAUGGAGAGAGGCCAGAGUCCAUCCAAGCUACGGGGGUGCUGCUUGACUCAGGAGUGGAUGAGUCUGUGGUCGUUACAAUGAAGUUCUCCGGAAACAGGAUGGCUUUCUGUGCCUUUUCAAUUGCCGCCCGUCUCCCAAAUGAUGCUGUCAUCGCUGGCACUAAGGGCUCCAUUAAAGUGCUCGGCCCCAUGCACUGCCCUACCACACUGGUGGUGAACGACAAGGAGACUGAGUAUCCUCUGCCCAAACCCUGCCUCCCUUUGAAUUUCACCAACAGCACUGGGCUUCGCUAUGAGGCAGAAGAAGUGAGGCAGUGUCUGCUUAAAGGACUUAAGGAGAGCCCACGGAUGCCUCUGGCAGACUCUGUCUUACUGACAGAGAUCAUGGAUGAAAUCAGAAAACAGGUGGGAGUUGUCUUCAGCCAGGACAGCCAAUGACAUCGCUCCAGAGCCAAGCUGUUUCACCUGACCUAAACUUACUCAGAUGGAACAGAGUGAGCUGCUCGGGGCAGCUUUUGGAUCUUUGGUAUAAGCAGAUCACUCAUGGCUCUGUGUGACAAAGCCUGAACAGACACACUGUCACUGAGGCAGCUGUGACUUGGAUGACAUUUGGAGCCGCCAUUGAAAAAAGAUAGCUAUAUUUGGUAAAUGAAUGGAAUAUGUAAAUCUGGGGAUAUAUUUAUCACUGUUUGUUUUCCAUGUAAUGAUCUGCAUGUGCCUAUUAAAACUACACAUAGCUGUUGUAUAGAAGAUUCAGCAUGUGAGUAACGUCUAUGAAAAAAUAGGUUGAAAAAACAUUAUUUUACACCUGAUAAUUCACAGUGUAAACACACAGUGGAACCCUGUUGUGUCACCGUCCUGUAAUCAAGUC